GUGAACCGUCCCUUCCUGUUUUACUGGCGAUCAGAGAGAAACAUUGACGCCGUAAUAGAGACGCGCAAGCUCCCAUUAUGUCUGGAACCGAUCGCUCCGUUGAAGACCAGGAUUUUUGUUUGCCUACGUGAAACCGGCAGCCAGCAAUGUCGCUUUAUAGCGCAUAAAUGGCACUUGACGAGUUAUAGUCUACAAAUAUAUUUUGUAUCGCGCUGCUGCAACCCUUGCUCCUUCUUCUGUCAAUGAUUAUCCUACCCAUAUAAGCCUACUCAUGGCGGAGACCAAAAUUAUAUACCAUAUCGACGAAGAAGAAACCCCUUAUUUAGUGAAACUGGCGGUUUCUCCGGAAAAAGUCACGUUGGCGGAUUUUAAAAAUGUCCUCAACAACCGGCCGGUCAACAGUUAUAAAUUCUUUUUCAAAUCCAUGGAUCAGGAUUUCGGAGUUGUCAAAGAAGAAAUCUCUGAUGAUAAUGCCAAGCUGCCCUGCUUCAACGGCAGAGUGGUGUCCUGGUUGGUGUUGGCUGAAGGCACACACUCGGAUGGCGGAUCUCAGUGCACAGAGAGCCACAAAGAGCUGCCACCACCCUUGGAGCGAACUGGAGGGAUUGGCGAUUCCAGACCCCCCUCCUUCCAUGCCAAUGCUGUGAGUAGUCGGGAUGGAUUGGACACAGAGACGGGGACAGAGUCUCUCCAGAGCCAGCGGAGAGAGCGGGAGAGGGAGCGAGCUCACAGGAGGGCACGAGAAAUCCCUCGUAUGAACGGUCCCUUGAAAUCAGAGCGUGUGAAUCGUGUCCCAGUUGUUGGCUAUGACAGUGCGUCAGUGAUGAGCAGUGAGCUGGAAUCAAGCUCUUUUGUCGACAGUGAGGAGGAUGAGGAUGCCAGCAGCCACAGACUUAGCAGUUCAACCGAGCAGAGCUCUUCAUCACACCUCAUGCGUAGACACAAACGCCGACGACGGAGGCAGAAAGUUGCCAAAAUGGACAGGUCCUCAUCCUUCAGUAGUAUUACAGACUCCACAAUGAGUCUCAACAUUAUCACUGUCACUCUCAACAUGGAGAAGUACAACUUCCUGGGCAUCAGUAUAGUGGGUCAGAGUAAUGACAGAGGAGAUGGAGGCAUCUAUAUUGGCUCCAUCAUGAAAGGUGGCGCGGUGGCGGCUGACGGCAGGAUUGAGCCUGGAGAUAUGCUGUUACAGGUCAAUGACGUAAACUUUGAGAACAUGAGUAAUGAUGAUGCUGUCAGGAUUCUACGGGAGCUCGUCUCCAAACCUGGGCCAAUAAGCCUAACAGUGGCGAAAUGUUGGGACCCAUCUCCUAGAAGCUACUUCACCAUCCCUAGAGCCGAGCCAGUGAGACCCAUUGACCCUGCUGCCUGGAUCUCACACACUACAGCACUUUCUGGGCCAAUCCCCCAUUAUGAGUUUGAUGACCUCCCCCUUUCGUUGUCAAAAACGGACAUGGCAACUAUAGUAAAGGUCAUGCAGCUACCAGAUUCAGGCCUGGAGAUCAGAGACCGAAUGUGGUUGAAGAUCACUAUAGCCAACGCUGUCAUCGGGGCUGAUGUUGUGGACUGGUUGUUCUCACGGGUGGAGGGCUUCAAGGACCGUCGGGAUGCUAGAAAAUAUGCCAGCAGUUUGUUGAAGCAUGGCUACCUGAGACACACAGUCAAUAAAAUCACCUUCUCGGAGCAGUGCUACUACACUUUUGGAGACCUGUGCCAAAAUAUGGCUUCUCUCAAUCUCAACGAGGGUUCUAGUGGUGGAGGCUCUGACCAGGAUGGUCUUGCUCCUCUUCCUCCACCAGGAACCAACCCCUGGCCCCCCGGCGGUCAGCCCUACCCUUACCCAGGUUACCCCACUCCUCCACCAGGCUUCCCUCCUGGAUACUCGGAUCCUUGCCACAGUUUCCACAGUGGCAGUGCAGGCAGCCAACAGAGUGAAGGUAGCAGAAGCAGUGGCUCCAACCCCAGCACUGGGAAAGGACGGAGACCCUCCCCUCGAGAAAAGGACCAUAAGGCACCGUGCUGUGGGGGCAGCGAAUCAGAAAUGGGAAUGUGGGUUGGAAGGAGGGGUGAGAGAGCACCCAGUCAGCUGAGUCAUCAAAGUCACAGCCGCUCUGCUGCCAGUCAGGCCCACUCCAGCCACAGCUACGUUCAUUCUGGGUACAGCCACGGCCAGUGUCACAGCAUCCCGCAGCAUAGCCACAACUUCACCUACAGCCAUGCCCCUUUCAUUCAGCCCAGUCAUCUGUCGUGUGCCCACAGUGAGAGAAGUCACGGCUCUUCGUACGGCCCACCAGGUCUGCCCCCUCCGUACUGCCUCGCUCACCUCGCCCGCAAAGCGACAUCAAGCAACAGCCCACCUGGGGCUCCUCCCAUCCGGGAGCUAGCAAACGUCCCCCCAGAACUCACAGCUAGUCGGCAGUCCUUUCAACACGCUAUGGGCAAUCCUUGUGAAUUUUUCAUUGAUAUUAUGUGACAAGAGAGUGCCUUCAACCCCUUUCAGAGCACAAUGCCUAUUUCCCGCAGUUUGCUUAAUGAAUUUUUGCUACUGACCAUCCCUGCAGAGAAUGUACAAACUGACAGCCCAAUUUAAAGCGUUUAAAGGGACAGUUCACCCAAUACUGAAAGUUCUGUCAUUUACUCUCAUUUGUGCACAUGUAGAAUUUCUUUCUUCUGUGGAACAAAAAACUGUCACUGUUGUAAUUGUUAACUAAAACUAUUAAAAAUUGUUUUCAGUAAUUGAAAUAACGCUGAAAUAAAAUAUAAAUGAAAAUGUGAGUUUGCCUUGGCAACUAACAGAAAUAAAUACAUUUAAGUUGAAGUCCUAAAAUUAUUUAAAUGAAAUGAAAAUGGCAAUAUAGAAAUAUAAAAACUAAUAACAAUGACAAAUGCACAUAAUUAUUAUUGUAAUAAAUAAAUAUAAUAAUGUAAUUAUAUGCAUCAUAAAUAUUAAAACGUUCAAAUUAAAAUGAAAACAACGUAUAAAAAUAAAAGCUAUUAAAUUGUUUUUAUAAAAUUGGGGUAUAACAGCAUAUACAUAAUAUUAAAAUAGCACUGCUAUUUUUAAUAUAUAUUUUUUAAAAUCCUGAACACAUUUUAUUCAGAAUAUCCUGACAACUCUUUUGUAAUUUGAGUGACUAGGGACUGGGGCUGUCAAGGUACAAAAUGACGAAAAAGCAAAAAACAUAAAAGUAGUCAUAAUAAAACUGAGAUUAUCAUUUAUUAACAGUUUAGCUUUCUGUUUAGAAAAUGUAUAAUAUGUCUUCAGAAGACUUGAUAUAUUGCCCACUAU